AUGGAAGAAGCAUUUGAAGUAUUUUGGUCUUCGUUCUUGCUGAUUAUUUUAAUUAAACAUUGUUUAUAUAGAAAAUCUCCAUUGGCAUUUUUAGUUGGUAAUACAAGUCUUGCUGGUUUAUUUUUUCAUUCAGUUAUAUUUUUUCAAGGAUUAUUUAUGGUUAUUGAACAUUCAGAUGUUUAUUGUAUUCGUCAAGGUCAUUUAAUACAUUCAUUUGCUGGUUCUGUCUAUCAUUCAAUUUGUUUACAAGCUUUACAUAGAUUAUUUGUUACCGUAUUAUCUAAUCAAUCUCAAUUACAAAGUCCAAAAUUUCUUAUAACAAUGACAAUUAUUCAGUGGAUAUCUUCACUUACAUUUUGUUUACCAAAAUUGAAUCCUUGUCCAAUAAGUGAUUUGUGUUUAGGACCAUUUCAUGGUCGUUAUGUUUUCAUUCAUUUAUCAUUUAUUUUCUUCCGAUAA